AUGCGGCUGCGUGGGGCCCGAGGCCUUGUGCGCAGCGCAGCCCGGGUUGGAAGCGUGACUGACCGUCAGUCGCUGCAAUGCUGCGCGGAUGCCGUGGCGUCGCAUACACUGCCAGUGCCGUCCGGUAUCAGGUGGUUUCGCGGCAGCCUGGCUCGCCUAGCGGGACCGGGAAGCAGCGGCGCGCAUAGUUGGACCCGCGGCGUUUCCACGUCACAGCGUGCGUUCCAGCACGACGGUCACGGGGAUAGCAGAAGAGGCCGCGACGAGGCUUCGUGCUGGCGGUGCGGUGCGGGUCGCGGGGACGGGGGCGAGCCGGAGGGUCCGGACACCAGCGCAGGCACCCCCAGCGCUCCCUCGUUCUUCUGCGGGCGCUGCAACGCCGUGCAGCCGCUGCACACCGAACACGACUACUUCAAGCUGAUGGGCAUCGACGAGCCGUGCUACGACAUCGACCUCGCCGCCCUCGAGAAGGCGUUCAAGGCCGCCCAGUUCCAACUGCAUCCGGACCGCUUCGGCGGCGCGUCGAGCGCGGAGCAGGAGGUCUCCGCGGACCUGUCGAGCGCGCUCAACGAGGCGUACCACGUGCUGAAGUGCCCCCUCCUGCGCGCAAAACACCUCCUCCGACUCCUCCAGCCUGACGUGGACCACGACCACGACGAGGAGGCCACCACCAGGGACCCGGAGCUCCUCAUGUGGGCGAUGGAACUGCGCGAGGCGGUCGAGGACGCGAGCGCGGACGAGCUGGAGAAGAUGCGCGAGGACACGCAGGCGCGCGUGGACGAGCGCGUCGCUGCGGUGUCUGCAGCGUUCAAGGCCGGCGACCUCGCCCAGGUGCAGACCGAGGUGGUGCGGCUGCGCUACCUGAAGCGCGCCAUGCACAGCAUCGUGGACAAGCUCUAG